GUUAACCAUGGCGUUUGAUGUGAAGUCCCGAGCCAAGCGAUAUGAGAAAUUGGACUUUCUCGGAGAGGGUCAGUUUGCCACCGUGUACAAAGCCAGGGAUAAAACGACUAACACGAUAGUUGCCAUCAAAAAGAUUAAAGUUGGCCAUAGAACAGAGGCUAAAGAUGGCAUCAAUAGGACUGCCCUUCGAGAGAUCAAACUACUGCAGGAGUUGCAUCAUCCAAACAUUAUUGGGCUGCUGGAUGCCUUUGGGCACAAAUCCAACAUCAGCCUGGUGUUCGAUUUCAUGGAAACUGAUUUGGAGGUGAUCAUCAAAGACACUAGCCUAGUGUUGACUCCAGCCAACAUUAAAGCCUACAUCCUCAUGACGCUGCAGGGUUUGGAAUACAUGCAUCACCACUGGGUCCUACACAGGGAUCUGAAGCCCAAUAAUCUGCUGUUAGAUGGGAAUGGAGUGUUGAAGUUGGCUGAUUUUGGGUUGGCUAAAGCAUUUGGAAGCCCUAACAGAGUCUAUACACAUCAAGUCGUUACCAGGUGGUACCGCUCCCCCGAGCUCCUGUUUGGUGCCAGGAUGUAUGGUGUGGGGGUUGACAUGUGGGCAAUGGGGUGUAUCUUGGCAGAAUUGCUCCUUCGGUUACCGUUCUUAGCUGGUGACUCUGAUCUGGACCAGCUCACGAAGAUCUUUGAGGCCCUCGGGACCCCCACAGAGGAAACCUGGCCGGGAAUGAGCAAACUACCAGACUUCGUGGCCUUCAAGUUGUUUCCUGGAACACCUCUGGAACACAUCUUCAGUGCAGCUGGAGACGACCUACUGGAGUUGUUGCAGGGGCUGUUCACUUUUAACCCAUCAACAAGGACCACAGCAUCACAGGCUCUGAAGAUGAGAUAUUUCAGUAAUCGGCCUGCUGCUACUCCUGGCCCUCAACUACCCAGGCCCAACUUUUCAACUGAGGCUAUCAAGGAGAAGGAGAUCCCCACAUUUAGCUUCAAGAGGAAACUGGAGCGCCAGGAGACAUGUGUCAUGAAGAAGAAGCUUGUUUUCUGAACAAGUGGGCUUUUUGGUUCCUCAGAAUUACAUCUUCUUAACUGACACUUCCAGCAUGGUUUGCCUUCCUGUGUGACUCCACUGGAGUGGAAAAUAGCAUCUCAAUCCAGUGAAGAAGACUGGAAUGUGAUUGCCCUUGGGACAUUUGUCAUGUGACUGGGGAACUUUAGUAGCUGAAGACAUCUUUUAGUUCUUGGGCUGUCCAGUGUCCAGUGCGCUGCUGUGCCCGGCAGCCUGGCGAGGGAUUCCUCGUGUGUGUGCUCUCUGUAGUGAGGCGUGGUGGCUCUGCUCCUUCCUCGUCUGUAACAAUGAUGUCUGAACUCUACCUACUAGAAUAUAGUUAUUUAUGUGACUGAAAAAGAAAACAUGAAAACUUGAUUUAUUUCAUGUAGACAUAUUUUUUACUUUUUUGUAAGUUAGACCAAUAAAUUGAAAUUUGCCAAUUGGUUUGUGAAUUUCUUUUGCUCUAACAAAAUGGGACUGAAAGAUUGUUUUGACUGUUUUGAAAUUCCUUUGUGAAACCACAUUCCCCCAUAAUAUUCAACACUGUGAGAAACGUUUGUAUCCAUUGCAAGUGAAAAAUAUUUUGGAAGUUCAAGGUGCUUCUACAAUUUCACAAUACAAUGCGUGUUUACACCCAUACAGUGCACAUAGUAGUAGCUGAAAUAAGGUUUCAAAUGUUUAUGCAAUCUCUAUUUUUGACCAGUGCAAGUGUGUUUAGAUGGAAGUAUAUGCUUCCUGGUUUAGAUGUUAUGUGGACAAGAGUGAGGGGGGGGUGUAUGUUUUACUCUGUGCUUGUGUAUGUGUGUGAUGUGGUGUGGCAAAAGAUGCCCCUGGGGGCAGACAGGGUGGCACUUGAGUCUCGCACAUCAAUGUCACACCAUCUAUCCCUUUUCAUCCCUGUCAUUUCUCUUUAACUUGGCUGUGAUCUAACACGAGAGCUGAUACUCUGGCAGGCUGUUUGCUGGCCAUUUGGUUUGGCUGUCAAAUAGAGUGAUACUUGGAGAGAGCAGUGGGAAGAUGAAGGGAGUAUGUCACAAACGUGACUGAGUGUCGAUGGAAAAGUAUCAGUAUGGGUACAGAUAUUAGAAUUAUUUCUUAGCACCUUUUCGCAUUGAACAGAACAAUAAUUCACAAUGCAACGGAGAAUGCUAGAGUAAACAUACAUAUGCAUACCAUUUUUAAGUAGCAUCAGAAUGUGUGUGGUUACUUUUCUCAAAAAUGCCAUUAGAAUCUAUUAUAAUCCAGUGUGUUUAAGUGUUUUGCUUUUUUAAAGAGGUUUUUCAAUCUGUCAAAACUGAUGUUACCAAUAAUAAAUUGGA